GCCCCUCCACGCCGUCCUCUCUCCUCCGGAGCACGGAGGCGCACAGAGACGCGACUCCUGCGCGCUGCAGCUCCGCGUCCUUCUUCGCCUCUCCGGUGCUUCACGGAAACAAACGGCUCGUUGACGCUUCGUUGCAAGGCUUUCCGUUUAUCCCUCCUUUUCCCUCUUGUCUCGGUUCCUCUCAUGCCGCCGCUAAGGCGCUGGAUAGGGGGCGGUUUGUGAUCGACCAAGCAGUAGCUCGAUGAAUAUGGCGUUUAUCGGGGACGCGGACCCCUUCACCGCUGCGAUACCUGCCACCAAAGUUGAACUCACGGUUUCUUGCAGAAACCUGCUGGAUAGAGACACGUUCUCCAAGUCUGAUCCAAUUUGUGUCCUGUACACUCAAGGAAUAGCCAACAGGGAAUGGAGAGAGUUUGGCAGAACAGAAGUCAUAGACAACACCCUCAACCCCGACUUUGUCCGAAAAUUCAUUCUGGAUUAUUUCUUUGAGGAGAGGCAGAAUCUACGCUUUGACCUGUAUGAUCUCGACUGCAAGAGUGACAACCUCUCUAAACAUGACUUCCUGGGCCAGGCUUUCUGCACUCUGGGUGAAAUAGUCGGCUCCCUGGGAAGCCGCUUGGAAAAGCCUUUGAUUGGGAUCCCAGGGAAGAAAUGUGGCACCUUCAUAGUGAGAGCAGAAGAGCUAAGCAACUGCAGGGAGUCGGUGAUGCUCCAGUUUUGCGGCAAUAAGCUGGAUAAGAAGGACUUCUUUGGAAAAUCUGAUCCGUUUCUCGUCUUUUACCGCAGUAACGAGGAUGGAUCGUUUACCAUCUGCCACAAAACAGAAGUGGUGAAGAAUACUCUGGAUCCAGUGUGGCAAGCUUUUAAAAUUCCUGUCAGAGCGCUGUGUAAUGGAGACUACGACAGGAGCAUUAAGGUGGAGGUAUACGAUUGGGACAGAGAUGGAGGCCACGACUUUAUCGGCGAGUUCAGCACCAGCUACAGGGAAAUGUCCAGAAGCCAGUCACAGUUCCACAUCUAUGAGGUGCUAAAUCCAAAGAAGAAAGGGAAGAAGAAGAAAAAGUACUUAAACUCAGGAACGGUCACCCUCCUGUCCUGCCUGGUGGACACUGAGCUGUCCUUCCUGGACUACAUCAGAGGCGGGACUCAGAUUAAUUUCACAGUGGCAAUUGAUUUCACAGCAUCAAAUGGCAACCCGUCCCAGCCCACCUCACUCCAUUACAUGAGCCCAUACCAGCUGAAUGACUAUGCUAUGGCGCUGCGGGCUGUCGGAGAGAUCAUCCAGGACUAUGACAGCGACAAGAUGUUUCCUGCACUGGGCUUCGGAGCCAAGCUUCCCCCAGACGGACGGGUCUCUCAUGAGUUUGCCCUGAACGGUAAUCCACAGAACCCAUACUGCAACGGCAUCGAGGGAGUGAUGGAGGCCUAUUACCAGAGCCUCAAAUCUGUGCGUCUCUACGGACCCACCCACUUCUCCCCUGUUAUUAACCAUGUGGCCAGGUACGCAUCAGCAGUGAUGGACGGCUCGCAGUACUUCAUCCUGCUCAUCAUCUCAGACGGCGUGAUCACAGACAUGGCACAGACCAAGGAGUCCAUAGUCAAUGCAGCGUCUCUGCCCAUGUCAAUUAUAAUAGUCGGGGUCGGACCAGCAGAAUUUGAUGAAAUGAUCGAGCUGGACGGGGACGAAGAGAGGAUUUCAUCCCAAGGACGAUACGCUGAGAGGGACAUUGUGCAGUUUGUUCCUUUCAGAGACUACAUCGACAGGCGAGGAAACCACAUCCUCAGCAUGGCUCGUCUGGCUAAAGAGGUGCUAGCUGAAAUCCCCGAUCAGUUCCUGUCCUACAUGAGGACGCGAGGGAUCAAACCCGGCCCCUUGCCACCUCCUUACACCCCCUGUCCUCCACCAGCUAUCCACCCCCUCCUCACCAGACGGGUAAGCCGAAUCUAAAUGCCAAGGCCUCACCCCAACGCCGGCCAGCCACCUCUACUGGCCUCUGCUCUCUUCUCUCAGCUUCUUCUUCUCGCUAAUCUUCACUGGAAGCUUAUGAGCACAUGGCGAACUUCGCCUGCUCUAUGAUGUUGCACUUUCGGGAAUGUUUGGAAGUGAACAGUGACGCGGAUUUGGAUAACCCCCGAGUGGGAUGCUUCCACUUUUUAAAGGACAAUAACUUCAGUGGACAAAGGUGGGGCUUUCGAAGGGUCGUGGUGGUGUGAGAUCACCUGACUGCACCGAGAGGAGUGAACACAACAUGAACUGACCAUUCACAGCUGUCAGGUCAAAAGGGUCCAAACUGGGGGGGUGGGCUCUUUUUGGACACACUCUUCAUCUGUUUGCUGUUUCUAUUUCCGCUUCUUCUAUCUUUCACAAAGUCAUGUUUCUUGAUAUAUAAAUGUUUACAAAAUUAAGAACUGGAGUGGAGAAGUUUUUCAGGAAGAAAUUUAUACCAAUAAAUGUGAAAACCUUUCAGAUUCCUAUUUUUUCGGCUUCAGAAACAGGGGGUUGUGACUUUGUAUAAAAACGGUGAGGCCCUGGUGCCACAUUCUUCAUUAUGGAGUGUAUAUGUUUUUUGUCUUUUUUUUUUAAAUAAAUGGAGCAUGUGCUAGUUUAAGAGAAGCAUGCACUGUUGUCCUGUACUCAGGGCUUGGUCCCUCCCACACAGAUUUCCCGGCACCUCACCAUCACCACUGCCAUGUUCCAUUAUGAACAAACCCACCUGAAAUAUUCCCACGCUCCAAUCUUCUGCUCCAUCAGUCUGCCUUGACUCAAAAGGAAGCUGUGCUCCCUGGGAGUCUGGUCGAAUCAAAUGCAGCAGGGACUUAAACCAGCCUUACUCUUUUGUCAGACAACAUUCACUGGCACCGUGUCCACCGUGGGUUCUGGAAAAUGUGGAUCUCCAAGCCCAGAAGUCAAAAACACACAUCUCACUACCAAACCUGACUGUGUGUGACGUUUUAGAGUGUUUUUGUUCCAUGAAAUGACGCUGUACUUCAGAAGCAUUUCCAUUUUGGUUUUGUUUUGCGUCUCUCUACCUCUCACUUAGUUAGUAUUGCCAAAAAAAAAAAAGUUGUUUAAAUAACAAGUGUUGUGAGUGAAUUUUGGUAAGUCUGUAGAGUUCACAGUUUUGCUUUUCUCACUAGGAAUACAAAAUGUUUGCCAAACUGUAGGUUGAGAAUUAUAGCACUUUGGUUGCUAUCAGAUCAGGUGACUCACACCUUUGUGGUAGCAACACACUGUGAAUAUGUGCACAGAAAACAGAUGAAACAGAUGAAAAUGCAAACUUGCUCUUUUUUUAAACAACCAUCUGCAUGGAUCAAAGUGAUGACUGUGAAGGCAGAUUUUACUUCCGUGUUGUCCAACAGUAUUGUAACUAAAAGUUCAAGCCAGUAAAAAUCAGUAACCCCUAAGGUUGAGUAGCAUCUCCUCGAAGGAAUAUGCUACAGAAAACCUUUGUUUCAGGAUCAAACAUUCGCCUCCUGCAUGCUUAAAACGUGGCUCUCUGUGCUUUGUAGCCUUCUACUUUAUCGGUGGCAGCAGCUGCUCUCUGCUUAGAUUCACAGCACUUAUAGUGGAUUCCACAGCCAGUCUCUCUGUUUCAUCACCAGUUCUCCCCCAUUUCAGAGUAAUUUAAACAGGUUUCCAUUAGGUGUUGUGCCCACUGAUGGCUUUUCCUCACGAAGGCAGUCAAAUGGGAUUAACUGUAAGGGCGUCAUCUAUAGAAAAUGAUCUUUAAAUUGGCGACAUGCAUGGUUGGAAUCAACACAGCUAUAAUGCCUCGUAUUUGUCCUCUCUCUGUGUUUUUUCUGACAAACCUGUUUUCUUUCCCAGUUUUACCUUUUUCAUUCGAGUGAAAAAUGAGUCCUAUGGGCACACUUUGUUUAGAAUUUGAACGGUUCAGAAUAACCCUCUGAAUCCAAGUACUUUUUAAGCAUUAUUAGCUCUUUUAGUUUUACUCACUGUAGGUUUAUUGUAGCCUAGCCGUGCUAGACCCAGCUCUUAAGACACAAGGGUCUAGGAACGCUCGACAGGGAGAGAGGCGGGCUGAAAGGUUGUCUUUCAAAUCACUCUGCAGCAGUUGGGUAGGUAUACAACCAAUCAGCGCAACGAAUAGGCUGACGUAGUUCCUAGAGCGCCGGAUUGUGGCUAAGUCCCAUUAGCUUCCCAACCAGCGGAGCCAACUGGUAUAUUAAGGAUUUGCAUAAGUCCAAAUACGUCUUUCUUCUCAAUGAAACACUUCAGUGCCGUCCUUUGUUUAUCUUUCAAGUUGAAUUUUAGCUUCAAAUCUUUAAGGGCUGUGGCCAAAGCCGAGUCGAAAGAUAACUGUUUAUUGUGCGCUGGUUGUUUCUGUCAGAAUCGUCGCGCCUCUGUCGUCACUUCGUUACGCCCGCCUUCUGACUCUACACUUCAUGGUGAUUCGUCCGGCCAGUUUUAGGAGAAUCCAACCUCGAGCCUUAUGGAGGGUAACUAGACCCACCCUGGCAGAGAAUUAAGUUCGUUGCCGUGGGUUGUCUAGCGCAGCUAGGCUAGGUUUAUUGUUCACUGCAGUAUAAAAUUCCUGCACUUCUAUGGAAAUGCUACAACCAUGGCUAGAUGUAAAAUACGAUAUUGACAUAAAUCACGAGAAAAGACAAAAAAAACAAGUCGAAUUCCUUCAGUUGAUUAUUUCACAAAAAUUUCAACCAUAAAAAUCUGGACUCAACAUGUCCAAAAAUGUUUUCACCUGCCAACUGGUGUUACAGUUAAAAAUGAUUUUUAAAGUGUCUCUAAAAGUUAUGGAUAUUUGUUUCCAUAGUUGUCUCCUGUCAACUCUGUGUAAGCACAGCCUGCCGUUUAGCCAAAAAAUGUUUUUGUUACAUGACUAUUGGUUGCAGUUGAGUGACUACUGGCUUCUCACUUGCACCAAGGAGCAUAGUUUUUAGACUUUUGCAGAAAAUUGUCAGUACCUGCUUCUUAGUAAUAGCCAUUUUUAUAUGAAACAUGUACAACACAAUGAUUUUGAUGAAAUAUCACGGCUUAGAUUUGGUAAAUUAUCAUGAUAGACCUGUACGUUACAUGUAAUCAUUUCAAGUUCAAGUUUCAAAAUGUUUUUUUCUGUUUCCACAAUGUUUGACAAUUGUUGACAUAGAAUCAAAACCCAUCCACAAUCCUGAUGAAAAAGCAUCAAUUUUUUAUCCAUAAUGUUACCCCAUGAUGUUUAAAAAUUACUGAUACACAAAAUAAAUCAAUAGUCAUUGCUCUGAGCAAUGAGUCUUCUAUCCCAUACAGCAACCAUCUGUCACUGCCAGGUACAGUUGCUGGUGUUAGGAUUAGGGUUAGACAAGAAGAAAAGUUUCUGUGGAAAACUUUACACUCUAAAACUAGAUUACCAUUAUAAUCCAUUGUGACUGCUUUGAAUCCAUGCUAAGUGCAGCUGCUGCCAUCUUCAAAGAAGUAAGCUGCAGUCAGUGCAGUGGUGAGUAUUUGAUCACCAGAGCCCAGUUUUUCAGGUAAUUGCACUUUGGUCACUUUUAGACAAAUUUUGGCCUGCUGUGACGCCCACUGAUGGGCAAAGUAAAACUUUACAGCAGAACUUUUAGCAAAGCACAAACCAUUUCCUAUCAGACAAGCAUCAGUCAUCAUAUCCAGAGGUCCCUGUUAAUUCAUGUCAGUGUGUGAAGAUCUGUGUCUGUGUACUGCAUACUGUAGAUUUUAUCUGUAUUUUUAGGGCCCUAUUCAGUCAAGAAUUAAAUACAAGAAAAGGUUUACAGCAUUUUUCUAAACUCACAACUCAAAAUCAUGAUACCCUUCUUGGCUGAUGUUGCUUAAUUGAAACGUCUACUUAUAAACUGCUUAUAAAACAUUUUCAUAGACGUUUAUACACUGUACAAAUGUUUUGCCUUUUUUGUGUAUUGGUCAGUAUACUGUACAUGUGAUGCUGCUUCUUUACUGCUCGUAUAUGUAUGUAAUUUUAUACGGAGGCCUGUAAUCAUAUUUAAAUCAUGACUAACAGGCCUUAUUAAUGUUUAUACAUCAGUUAUUCAUAUUUAAAUCAUGAACGACAGGCCUGUAUUUUUUUAUAAGCUCAUGGUUAGAUAAUGAUGUAUGUUUCGUGAGUGCAAGACAUUUAAAAAUAGAACUUUUCAUCAAAUACACGCUGUAGCAACAUUUUUCUGCCAAAUUUGACAAACUGAUAAGUGUAGCGUCUCGUCCCAGAAAACUGGUGAUUCAGUUUGACUGAAUAGGGUCCCUCCAUGUGGGGAGAACUGGUCAGAUAGAUUUUGUACUCUUCUAUACAGUCGUUUCAUGGCAGCACCCCGCACAACAGUCGGGAUGUCCAAUUGCACAAUGUAGCAGCGGUGUCCAGUCUGGUACGAGACAGAGCAACACCAGACGAGACCACAUCAGACCAGGAACAGUCUUUUUAUAUGUACUUGUAAAUAUUUGUUCUGUAUAUACCAUACUUAUGUUUUCUGGAGAUCUGACUUGCAGCAAACUGCCGGGACUAUGUGACUUUGUUCCUGAAACACGAGGCAGGGCCUUUCAUUUAUUUAUCACGACAAGAUGUCAGCCUCAUCUCUCGCCCACACUCUAGUAUAUACUGUACGUUGCGUACAUGUAUUUGUAUAUGAAACAUGAAUGACACUUAACGUAACAGCGAUGGUUGUGUGAAGACUGAGGGUUUCUUGCUUGUUUCUUCAGAGAAACAGUGUUUUUAGGUCCCAGAUGUCAAGCAGUUAUGGGAAUUUAUUUUUAAUUCGCAUAUUCCGUUUUCAAAAACUUUGCAGAAUACUGAAUUAGAAACAUGAAGAUUUGUGUUUUUGUUAUCUUUAUCUGAACAUUCGUCACAAUACACACAGUGAUAGACAGUCAUGAUAUAUAAACUAUUUCAAUUUCAGCGUGGAAAUAGUCAAAAAUGUCUGUUUCACAAUGUAAAGGGAUCAUUUAAAAUGAAUCCACAAAAGACACUUGGUUCUCGUACUUCAACAUUUUCUCCAAUUUAGCAGUAAAACCAAAAAUGGAAGAUUCUUUUCACAGUAUUGAAACCAACUUACCAUUUGUUAACCCUUACAAAGCCCUGUUUCUGGAGAAGUACAUAUACUAAAACAUAUACUAAAACCACCUAAUCCAUAAAAAUAUCGAUCAAGUCUUGCGAGGUCACAUUGUCGUAGACGUUCGCCAUAAUGAAUUUUGGCCGGUACGCGGCCCCGAUAAGAGCUUCGUAAUUGCGGCUUCGUUAUAACGGCUCAUACGGCUUUAUCGUUUGAAAAAAAGCAAAUUUGGGGCCAAUGUUUAUAUCUUACCAAACAUACGGGUGUGUGCAUAUUUUAUGUUACUUAGCAAUCAUAAACAAGUCACACGUUUUGAGCCGAGAAUGUUUGGUUUCGGCUGUGUGUACGAGUAAGCGUGAACCGAGUAUACUCGGUCCUGGCUUUUUAAGGGUUAAACCCCUCAUACUGUUGCUGUACCCACUAAGUUUUCUUACUCUCUCACAUGUGGAGAAAUCCAAAGCUUGAUGUUCGUAGUUAUGGGUACUAAACUAUUGUUAAACUAUCACGCAAGUGGUUAAAUGAUUUUUAAUUUGCCAAAAUGUUCAAAAAAAGAUCAGCAUCAAGAAAACGAACUGUUGAUUGAUGCUACAUCACAUGUCGAAAUGACUCCUGUAUUAUUCUAUACUGUGUGGUACAGAUAUAAAUUGCAGAGCUUUUGUUUGGGACGCAUAGCUUUGCCAUCAGGAUGAGAAAAUGAAAGAUGCUUGUAAAGGAAUCCAGCGGAAUUUGAAAGCUUGACUAACCAACCACUGUUUCUCUGAGGCUAUACCAGUGUAGGAGUUACAAUCAAAAGCAUUUAUUGUGUAGGAGACAACAAAGAGAGAAGAAACCCUGCGGCACCGGUGGACAAACCAGCUUUAAUGAAGCAGGUUACACCUCGCUGCCUCCCACUGCUUGUCGCUGCCUCCAUGUCACUCUGCCAAUGCGCAGUAUGUCAGCAUGCUAGGCCAUAUGAACACCCAUGUAAUCUUCACACAUAACAUGAACGCUGUUUACUGUAAACUAUAUCGAUAAAGUGUUUUAACUGAAUGCUUGUGAUGAAUAUCCUGUUUUAUCCUGAUGUUUUAUUUAUAGCAUGCAUUAAGUUUGCAUGUGUAGUUUUUUUUUUCCUAACAGAAAUGCACUAGUGGUUUUAAACAAAUAAUUAUUGUGCAAUGACAUCUUUGCGUGUUACAGAGUAUUUUAGAGAACUGUUUUGCCUUAAAAAUCUCACUGAUCAAUCUUGGAAUUGUGCAAUGCCUUCAGAUGUUUGUUUUGAAGACUGACUUUUCAUUGCUGAUUUGUUAUUUUGGUUUUUGCUUUUUUUGUUGUUGUUUUUUUCUGCUACAUUUAUGCACAGCCACUUCUCUGUCAGACUCAUUUCAGCAUUGCUCCCUCAGACUCAAUCGCUGAAGUGAUGUGAAUAAGAGGGAGAGUGAAUCAAACAGAAAAAAACUGGGCUGUCUCGCUCUCAGAGGACAGAAUCAUUCAGCUGGGAAUAAUGCUGUCCAGAAUCAUACAGCCAUGUUUGAACAGAUCUGUAGUUGAUAACAAACUGAAAUAAUUCAUCUGCCUGAGUUCAUUAACCUGUUCUUUUGUCAUAAGGGUGAUUUACUGCUGCAUGAUGCUUGUAAUUACACUAAAGAUCAGUCAAAAAUGAUUUGUCCAUUGCUACAUACUGUUACUUAAAAUCAGUUCUUGAGGUUAGAGAUCCUCCAAGACAGCACAAGUUUUACUGUUCUAACAGGAAAUAUAGAAGCCACAAUAGGUCGACUGAUUUAAAAUGACUAUUUCUGUAAGAAUUGAAGUCUUUAAAUAAAUAUUCCUAUCAAA